AUGUCGGAAAUUACAGUUACUAUAAAGUCGUCAGGAGAUAAGAAGUAUGAGAUUACUUUCAAUUCAUCUAUAAAGAUAUCCGAGUUGAAAGAGUUGAUUGCAGAGAAAUCCUCAAUCCCAGCAUCAAGCCAGCGAUUAAUCUAUUCAGGUAAAGUGUUGAAAGAUACUGAAACAGCUGAGUCAUACAAGAUCCAAAACUCACACACAAUACAUUUAGUGAAAAGUGCAAAUGCUGCACCUACCCCAGCAACAUCGGAAUCUUCAACCACUCAAACGGCGGCUCAAACUCCCUCAUCGAACAUCCCUUCAAAUAUUGCUGCAGGACAAGGUUCGUUCAAUCCUUUAGCUGAUUUGACAGGUGCUCGUUACGCUGGGUACACUCAAUUACCUUCUGCUUCCCUUUUUGGACCUGAUGGUGGAAUGAAUUCCAACUUGCCUGAUCCGGAGCAGUUAACAUCAAUGAUGUCAAAUCCAAUGUUCCAAGAGCAAUUGAAUGCAAUGUUGUCUAAUCCACAAAUGUUGGACUUUAUGAUUCAACAAAACCCACAGUUGAGAGCUAUGGGACCUCAGGUGAGAGAGAUGAUGCAGAGCCCUAUGUUUAGGCAAAUGAUGACAAACCCGGAAAUGUUGAGAUCAAUGAUGCAAAUGCAACAAGCUGGUGGCGCAAACCCAUUUGGUAGCCUUGGAGGAACCGGAUCUGCAGGGAACUCAUCAUUCCCUGCACCAGGAGCUAAUCCAACAGCAGAAGGUCCAGCAAGUGGCGAUAAUAAUUCCGGAACUAACCAACUGAGUGGCACCAACGCUUCUCAAGGCAAUACAGAAUCUCAAGGUAAUCCUUUUGCAAGUUUAUUCCCCAACGGUGUUCCCCCUAUAGAUCCAUCUGCCUUGUUUGGUGGGGGGGCUAAUCCAUUUGGCCAAACCAAUGCGCCAGCCGACAAUAGACCACCUGAGGAGAGGUACGAAGCUCAGUUGAGACAAUUGAAUGAUAUGGGAUUCUACGAAUUUGAGAGAAAUGUAGAAGCUUUGAGAAGAACUGGUGGAAGUGUGCAAGGAGCUAUUGAGUAUUUGUUGAAUAAUUAA